GCACAACGCAGACUAAAAAGGUUUUCCUUUUUAUAUAAAAGCAGAGAGCGAGCGCAGACCCGUAUGACGCCCUCCAGAAUCCUCAUGGUAUCAUCAACAUGGGCACAGCUCAGAGUCACCUCAUGGCCGAGGAACUUACACAACAGCUGAGCAAGAGCAGUGCGUUCACUUUCUCCAAGAAAUAUCAACAAUACUAUGACUUUUCAGGCAUCCCAGAGUUGAAGGAGGCAAUAGCCAACUUCUUGACCAGACAUCUGAGCCCUCAUAAGCAGCUCUUGCCAGAAUAUAUUGUGGUUAUGCCUGGAGCAACCUCAUGCAUUGAUGCCUUAGCCCAUGCCCUGUGUGACAGAGGAGAUGUCAUUAUAACACCCACUCCAAGUUAUGGUUGCAUUUUCAGAGACGUGAAUGAUCAUGCAGGCGUCAUAGUAGAACCUUUAAAUCUUGUGCAGGACAGGGACAGCAAGACAAGUUUCAUUCUGGAGCCAGAAGCACUGAGGUCACAUAUUCAGUCACUAAAGGCAUCAGGUCAUCGGGUCAGAGCCUUCAUCUUGCUCCAUCCCAACAAUCCUUUGGGUGAUGUAUAUGCACCAGAGUUGCUCCAUGAUCUAAUGGAUGUGUGUGCCAGAGAAAAGAUCCACUUCAUUAGUGACGAAGUUUAUGCACUGUCAGUCUUUGACGAGGGUCCAAAGUUUCGUAGUGUACUCAGCUUGGAAGCUCCGGAUCCCGAGAGAACACAUGUUAUUUGGAGUUUUAGUAAGGACUUUAAUCUGGCUGGUUUGCGGGUGGGAGUCAUUGUGAAUGUCAGUCCUCUGGUGACCUCUUGCCUGAGGGCUGUUGCUGAAUAUAAAUCUGUUCCCCACAUUAUCCAGCAUGCUGCAGCCACACUCCUCAAUGAUGCAGAAUGGUGUGACAAGUUUUAUCUUCCAAUGAACAGGGCAAGGCUUGCCAAGGCAUACAAGGAAACAUGCAAACGUCUAGAAAUCAUGGGAGCUCAUGUCCGGAAGGCUAGGGCAGGCUUUUUUGUGUGGUUUUCUGUUCAGCCAUUCAUGAUGGAAAAUACAGAGAAGGAAGAAAUGGCACUGCAUGAAGAAAUUAUGGAUGCAGGGUUAUACAUAGCACCAGGAACAAAAUUUUAUUGCAUUUCACCAGGCUGGAUGCGUCUAGUGUUCACAGUGCCUAAGCAGGAGCUAAAUGAGGGUUUGAGACGUUUAGAGGGUGUCUUGCGAAGACGACAAGCAAUGUUAAAGAUAUUGAAGACAAGCAAAUGUGCUGAAUCUUUAGAAGAGAAAUGAAAAAUUUUCUGUGCUGACAAUAUUUAUGUGAAGCAAUUGAUUUUAUAUUGUGAUAUUGUUAUUUCUAUAUACUCAUGAUUAUUUUUAUAAUUCACUUUUUAGAGUUCUCAUUAUACACAUAUGGUAUACUAUAUUACAUUAUAGUAAAAUUGGUGAUUGUUUUGCAUGUUCAAAUGUUUGAUAGAUGGUUUUAAGUAUAGAUGAAACAUUAUUAUGAAAAACUGCCUGUGAUGAUAUUACUUGACAUUCCUAUUGUAAGAACAAGUACUGUAAUAUGAUUUAGUAAUUAAUAAAUCUGUGUCAUGAAU